AUGACUUCCAGUAAGAUCGAGAUGCCCGGAGAGGUGAAGCCCGACCCCGCCGCGCUCAUGGCCUCGCUGCACCUUCUGCCCUCGCCCACCCCGAACCUGGAAAUCAAGUACACCAAGAUUUUUAUUAACAAUGAGUGGCAGAAUUCGGAGAGUGGGCGAGUAUUCCCUGUUUAUAAUCCAGCAACUGGAGAAGAGGUGUGCGAAGUUCAAGAAGCAGACAAGGCAGAUAUAGACAAAGCAGUGCAGGCAGCCCGCCUGGCUUUCUCCCUUGGCUCCGUGUGGAGAAGGAUGGAUGCUUCAGAGAGAGGCUGUCUGCUAGAUAAACUCGCGGACUUGGUGGAAAGAGACAGAGCACUUUUGGCUACUAUGGAAUCCCUGAAUGGUGGUAAACCAUUUCUGCAAGCUUUUUAUGUGGAUUUACAGGGGGUCAUCAAAACGCUGCGGUAUUAUGCAGGCUGGGCAGAUAAAAUUCAUGGAAUGACCAUUCCUGUAGAUGGAGACUAUUUUACCUUUACAAGACAUGAACCCAUUGGAGUAUGUGGACAGAUCAUCCCAUGGAACUUCCCCCUGCUGAUGUUUGCCUGGAAAAUUGCUCCAGCUCUGUGCUGUGGCAAUACAGUUGUUAUUAAACCAGCAGAACAAACACCUCUCAGUGCACUCUACAUGGGAGCCCUCAUCAAGGAGGCUGGCUUUCCUCCAGGCGUCAUCAAUAUUUUGCCCGGAUAUGGGCCAACGGCUGGGGCAGCAAUCGCUUCUCAUACUGGCAUAGACAAGAUUGCAUUCACAGGGUCUACUGAGGUUGGGAAACUUAUCCAAGAAGCAGCUGGGAGAAGUAAUUUGAAGCGAGUAACCCUGGAACUUGGAGGGAAAAGUCCCAAUAUUAUUUUUGCCGAUGCUGAUUUGGACUAUGCAGUGGAACAGGCCCACCAGGGUGUGUUCUUCAACCAAGGCCAGUGCUGCACUGCUGGCUCCCGCAUCUUUGUGGAGGAAUCCAUCUACGAAGAGUUUGUGAGAAGAAGUGUGGAGAGGGCCAAGAGACGCAUAGUGGGGAGUCCUUUUGACCCCACCACUGAGCAGGGACCUCAGAUUGAUAAGAAACAGUACAACAAAAUCCUGGAACUCAUCCAGAGUGGAGUAGCAGAGGGUGCCAAACUGGAGUGUGGAGGCAAAGGGCUGGGAAGAAAGGGAUUCUUCAUUGAGCCCACAGUGUUUUCCAAUGUCACCGAUGACAUGCGGAUUGCCAAAGAAGAGAUCUUUGGUCCUGUUCAGGAAAUUCUGAGAUUUAAGACUAUGGAUGAAGUUAUUGAAAGAGCCAAUAACUCAGAGUUUGGACUCGUUGCAGCUGUCUUUACUAAUGACAUCAACAAGGCCCUCACAGUAUCUUCUGCAAUGCAAGCUGGAACUGUGUGGAUCAAUUGUUACAAUGCUUUGAAUGCCCAGAGCCCCUUUGGGGGAUUCAAGAUGUCUGGAAAUGGAAGAGAAAUGGGAGAGUUUGGUUUGCGAGAGUACUCUGAAGUCAAGACGGUGACAGUCAAGAUCCCCCAGAAGAACUCCUAAAGAAGCAGGUGAAGGCCAUCCUGCUCGCCUCUCUUCUGCUUCCCCUGGGGCCAGCUCUCAGGAAUCCAAAGCUGAUGUUCAGUCCUUAUUUAAAAUUUUCAACGAUAGUGUGUAGGUCAGGCUGGACACUGUGUAGGUAAAGCAAACCAGCUGGACCAUUCUUGGCACUCCGUAAAGGGAACACCUUAGAGAUUCCAAAUGUCGGGAUUGCAGGGUGAAGGGAGGAAAACUGGUUGUCAGUUGUAUCCAGUAUCUCUUUCUAGAGUCAGGAUGAACAAGGGAGCUGUGAUUUAACGUGUUCCAGCAGGAAGAACAAAACACCUCUCCAGAGGAAAGGGAACCUGAACCUGGCCAUUGUCUUCAUUUUUCCCUCCCCCUCUCUGAGCUCUCCCACCUUAACAUCUUGCUUCUUCUCCGUGGAGA